ACGUGCUUUUUGCAGUAGCCAAUGCAACGUAACUUGAAUGCUCCGCAAUGGCUAGGAACUAACUGCAGCCGUUCAGUGCUCACUAGACGGAAGAGGUUCACGCCACUAUCCUUCUGCUUCACAUCUAUAUUAGCGUAACGUGAUCGAAACAGACCCCCGGUGCAUCUUUGCUAAUUAGAGGACUCGACUCAAGAGUGGAAGUCGCUAGCCAUGUCGGGGCAAAAGAAAGGAGCUUCGUCGCGUCUGCGAAAAUGUGCCUUCUGUAGAACAACCCGAGAGAAGGAGUGUGGUCAGCUCCUAGUAUCAGACAACCAGAAGGUGGCAGCUCACCACAAAUGCAUGCUUUUUUCAUCUGCUCUAGUAACGUCUCACUCAGACAGUGAAAACAUUGGGGGAUUUUCUGUUGAGGAUGUAAAAAAAGAAAUCAAAAGAGGAAACAAAUUGAUGUGCUCAUCCUGCCACCGGCCAGGGGCUACCAUAGGUUGUGAUGUUAAGACAUGUCGGAGGACAUAUCACUACUACUGUGCCCUGUGGGACAAAGCCCAGACCAAGGAGAACCCCUCACAAGGCAUCUACCUUGUUUACUGUCGUAAACAUCGUGAUGCCUCCCAAGAUGCCAGUGAUGAGGAUCAAGGAGUCGCAGCCAAUGAUUCAGAUUCAUCCCCACCCCGGAGCAGAGGGCGUGGCAGAUUUGAAAAGAGCCGGAUCAGAGGUGUACCACGUGGCCAGUCAGAAGAUGCCCGUUCAACUUCAUCACAAGGUGUAGAUGAAACAGAGAGCUCUUCAAAUCGGGACCGGUCCCCUUUGAGGGGCAGCCCCAGUGAGUCAGGCCUUCGAUGUGGUUUCUGCCAUGCUGGUGAUGAGGAGAAUCAGACCCGCGGUGUUCUCCAUUGUGAUAACGCAAAAAAGGUUGCCGCCCACUAUAAGUGCAUGCUUUUCUCUUCAGGGACUGUCCAGCUCACUACAACAUCACGUGCAGAAUUUGGUAACUUUGACAUUAAAACAGUCAUUCAGGAAAUAAAGAGAGGGAAAAGAAUGAAAUGCACCCUGUGUGGUCAGCUCGGCGCUACCAUUGGAUGCGAGAUAAAAGCGUGUGUGAAAACCUACCACUACCACUGCGGCCUGCAAGAUAAGGCCAAAUACAUAGAGAACAUGGCCAGAGGCAUUUACAAACUGUACUGUAAGAAUCACAGUGGAAAUGAGGAGCGGGAUGAAGAGGAUGAGGAGAGGGAGAGUCGCAGUAGAGAGAGGGCUGCCAAUAACAGCAGGGGAAGCCCUCCUUCAUCUCAAGUGAAUGGCAACUAGAUGGUGUGUUGGAGAAAGAAGAAAAAUAUUUUUUUAUUGUGCUCAGUUACAACCUAGGGGCCAGUUCAGAAUAUUGACCGUUGCAGUUUUUCUCAAAUUGCCAGAAACCCCAUAACCAUUGACGACAGGCCAUACGUUCCUCUGCCAUUUUCCCCAAUAUUUCAAGAAUAUCAUGAAUGAGGCUAGCAAGUGCAGUUUAUAAGCCUACCCAGGAGAGAGAGGGUUUUUUUUUGUUUGUUUGUUUUUUUUAUGACGCAGAAUAAGUUCUACUUUUAAAGAAAAUAAUGGAAAAUCCCUAAUAACAUUAUAGUUAUGAGACUAGUUUGAAUCUGUGCCUGAAAAACACUUUAAAUGUGAGACAAUAAAAACUGAAGGUUUCAUGACUGGACCAAUGGGAACUCUCUUUCCACAGUUUCUUUCUUAUCAAAAUACUAUUUGGACUGGACCUGAUUUUUUUUUUUUUUUUUUUUUUUCUUUUCUUUUUUCCCCCCAAACUGCCUUCUGGUUGUUUUUACUCUCUUCCAAAUCAUGCGACUAUCCCUCUAAUUUCCUGUCAAGUAACUGACAUUAUCUUUACCUCUUAUUUCUCUUGUAUCAUGUAUUAUAUUUUACUACCGUAUUAUAAUCAUGAGUAUUGUUGAAUAUCUGUGACUUUCUUUAUAGUCUUGAGUCAGGAUUAAAGAUCAUUGGCUAGCAUGCACUUUUCUUUA